AUGGGUUUGUGCCUAUUAAGUAAACGGUAAAGGACCCCCGGACAGUGAAGUACAGUCAAAAGGCGACUCAUCUCGCUUCAGUUGGAAAGCAUACCAGUGCAAGUAGAUAAAUAGGUACCACCGCAGCGGGAAGGUAAACGGGGUAUUAAGUUUCUAGCAAUGUGCCCCGGGACCUGUAUUCUUGAUCCGCUUCAAUAAUGAUCAUAUGGAACACGCCAUCUCUUCCUCCCAUUCAUAUAUCACAGCCACACCGAUAUAUCACCCUAAAUUUGCCAGCGAACCUUUCCUUUUCGAUUUACCCUCAUUUUUCCAUCAGGGCCUUAAAAACACAUAGCAAGGAGGGCCAUGCAAUUUCCCUUCCUUUUACUGCCCCCACGUUGCAACGAACGCCGCAGGAGCUCAUCCCUGUAUCAGUUUGCUGAAUUAAUUUUGCUCUGGAGUUUCCAUUGCUCAAGCACACACACCCCCUCCUCUGCCCCUCGGAAAUAAGCUUCACAGGAACCCCAAGAGCGCAGAAGAGGUGGAAACAACGGCAGCGUCCGGGCGGCAGAGCCUCCGGGCGUCAAAAUGCCAUAGAGGGCAGCGGAGGAGGAGGAGGAUCACUCUGGGGCCUCCGUGCUUCUCGCGCCCGCCAGGGGCACGUGGGCCUGGGGCCUUCCGUUGGAGGGGCGGAAGGAGGGGCUGCGCGCGCGCGCCUUACCUGAGCUGCCCAGGUGUGCCACUCAGGUGAACGCCCUCCUCGGCCCGACGCUCACCUGGGCUCUGCCGGGCCUCACGAAGCGGCCAAUCGCAGGCCAGGGUUUUUCGCUCGCCGCCCUGGCAACGGAGCGCCGCCGCCGCCGCCGCCGAGAAGGAGGGAAGGAGGGCAGAGGAAGGCACGCUCGCUCCUUCCUUCCUUCCUUCCACGCCGAAACCGCUUUCUUCGCGUUGCUGGCACAGGUAAGGGCGGGGCUUAUUCUGCUGGGUGGCUGCCGGUGGAGGUCAAUAAGAGCACCGGGAAGUGUGGGGGGGGGCCUCACCCGUUGCCGUUGCUUCAGGGGCGAGCGUCGGUUGCUGGCUCGGAGAGUCGUUUGCAGAAAUGGCCAUGUAGGCUGAGAGGCUCCGGGUUGGAGCGGUUGCGCCUUUCGCCCCCCUCCCCACCUCCUGCUCCUCCUCUCCCGCCCUAUCCCGAGGUAACAAGGAUGGGGGGGGGGGUUGCUGGUCUGGUUCUACUAGUCCUCUGGGGAGAUUUUAUAGAUACAGUAUAGAUCAGCUAUAUAGUGGAGAGAGAGAGAGAGAGUGUGUAUACAUAUAUAUAUAUAUAUAUAUACACACACACACACACACACACACACACACAUAUAUAUAUAUAUGUAUACUGUGUGGGUGUGGGCGUGGGUGUGGGUGUAAGGAAAAGGUAAAUGACCCCUGACUGUAUGGGUAUAUAUGUGUAUGUGUAUAUGUAGGGACGCGGGUGGCGCUGUGGGUUAAACCACAGAGCCUAGGACUUGCCAGUCAGAAGGUCGGCAGUUCGAAUCCCUGCGACGGGGUGAGCUCCCAUUGCUCUGUCCCUGCUCCUGCCAACCUAGCAGUUCAAAAGCACGUCAAAGUGCAAGUAGAUAAAUAGGUACCGCUCUGGCGGGAAAGUAAACGGCGUUUCCGUGCGCUGCUUUGGUUCGCCAGAAGCGGCUUAGUCAUGCUGGCCACAUGACCCGGAAGCUGUACGCUGGCUCCCUCGGCCAAUAAAGCGAGAUGAGCGCCGCAACCCCAGAGUCGGCCACGACUGGACCUAAUGGUCAGGGGUCCCUUUACCUUUACAUUUUACCCUUAUUCAAGCGCCGUUUCCCGCUGCUGUCCCAGAUUGUUAGAUAUCCCAUAGACUGUCCCCGGGACAGGUGAGGCUGCUGAUCCCUUAUUUUCAAAUCUGAAAGUUGACAGCUAUGGAGAGAGAGCCCCUGGGCAAUGAUGCCCUGUGGGCACAUAUAACUGUGUGAAUGGGUAUGUUUCAAACUCAUGCCUUGUCCUAAGCCGCUCCCCCACCCCUCCCAAAUGCAGUAUUUGAGGAGGCUGCCCCCUGCAAAAGUGGAUGGCCAUUGCCAUUCAACUGGUGUGUGGGUGUUGCGUCAUGUGAUCAGUUAUGCAGGGCACUGCUUGCCUGCCCCCACCCCCAAUAUUUUAUUCAAGUUGGCAGCCCAGUCCUUGGAAGGGGUAAUCCUGGGAUACCCUUGCCAAGGGUGUUUUAAGGUGUGCCGAGAUUAGGCAUAUGAAGUGCUUUGAAAAGUGUCUACAUAAAAUAGUAAGGUUCCAAUUUUAAACCGCAGGGAAUAAGUUUGAUUGAGCCCAGUGGGACUUGCUUCAGAGUAAGUAUGCUUAGGGUUAGGUGGGCUCUGGUGUGUAAGGUUUAUCAUAGAACCCUAGGAAGUCAGGCCAAUGGUCCGAUUGUGUUGCAUUGUCUGAACUGUUGCUAUGCAGCUGGCAGGCAGAGCCUCUUGUUCUUGGACCUUUCUCUGCAAAGUUUAGGGAUAAGAGAUUUCAGGAGACUGCCCUCACCCCAAUGUCAGUUGUUAGGAAAUAGCUGUGGGAGAGGGCAGCUGAACUCAUGUCCUGCUUGUAGGCUUCCCUUGGGCACCAGGCUGGCUACUGUGAAAAACAAGCUUCUGGACUAGAUCAGCUUUUUGUCUAAUCCUGCAGGGUUCUUGGACUGAAUUCAGCUAUAACAUUUGGGAGCAGCCAUAGUACUUUGUGUUGCUUGCAGUGGUGCCCCCAUGGGGAUUAGGGUGGCCAGAGGUGGAGGAAGAUGUGAGCAUCUUCCUGUACAAUUUUAAUUGUUGUGUAAUGUGUGUUGUUCAGUGUAUUGAAUGGGUGGGAUUUUGGGUGUGUGUAACUUGCUGAAAUUGUGCAGGAGAGACACAAGAUAUUAAAGGUUCAAAAGCUUUUUCUUAAGCUCUGCCCAACCUCAGAACAGAAUGGUGUGCAUUGUAAAAAAGAGUGUGAAUAGGCGGCUCUGAUCUUCCUUAUCCUUCCAGGAACUGCUGCUGCUGGUGAUGUGGAAGGUCAACAGAAGAUGUUGACAUAAAGAAGGGAGGUGUGUGUAGUUGUAGUUGGCUUUCCCAUGACUCACAGGCUACACCACAUUUUAGCUAGCUGAUACAUUUAGCUUUACAAGGAGGUGGUGAUCUUUAGAAUGUCAAAUGAGUACUAACUGCCUAACCCAUGGAUUAGCAGUAGUAUCACAUAUGUAAAGAUGUAUAAUUAAUUUGUCAUUUUCUGUAGUUAUAAGGGUGGGAAUCCCAGGCUCAAGAUAAUUUGAUGUUGGUUCCCAACUACAUGGAUUAUUAUUUUUUGUCUGCCAGACUACAAUGCAAGUGCCUAAAAAUUAUCCCUAAAACCAAAAUUGAACGCACACCAUUGAUCCUAAGGAAGUAAAUCCCAUUGAAUCCAAUAGAACUUCCUGUAUAGUAAGCAUUUUAGGAUUGGAGCUUUAGAGCUUUAAUAUUUCAGCUGAAGUGAUUUUUUUUUUAAAUAUUCAAAAUCUUACUGUUGAAAUGCGGUGUUUUGGAGCUUAAUUAGGAGUUUAUGACUUGGAAGAGAGUGCUUCUUGAAGCUUAAUUUUAAAGUUCUGUGCACAAGCCCAUUUCUUCCCUGAUGACUUUUGCUUGAAAGGAAAAUGGCACGUGGCAUUUCUGCAUUUAGGUUAGCAUCAAGAUGCAUGUUUAUGACUAAUGAGACCUUCACUCAGCCAGUGGUAUACCAUCAAUGUCAAUUCACUUCAUCUGACUGAAGUUAGUUGCCUUAGUGUACCAUCAGUAUCUGUGAUUAGAAUAUAUACAGUGCGGAAUAAUACAUUUUGUAUUAUUUGUCAAGUAUAUGGGUCUUAGUACGUUUCGGAGCACAAUUCAAAGUGUUGGUGCUGACAUUUAAAGCCCUAAACAGCCUCGACCCUGUAUACCUGAAGGAGCAUCUCCACCUCCAUCGUUCAGCCCAGACACUGAGAUCUACCGAGGGCCUUCUGGAGGUUCCCACACUAUGAGAAGUGAAACUACAGGGAACCAGGCAGAGAGCCUUCUUGGUAGUGGUGCCUUCCCAGUGGAAUACCCUCCCAUCAGAUGUUAAGGAGAUGAGUAAUUAUAUAACAUUUAGGAAACAUCUGAAGGCAGCCUAGGGAAGCUUUUUAAGGUUUAAUGUUUUACUAUGUUUUUAUAUAUGCUGGAAGCCGCCCAAAGUGGCUGGGGCAGUACAGCCAGGUGGGCGGGGUAUAAAUUAUCAUUAUCAUUAUUAUUAUUAUUUGUAGCCCUUGGUCAAAAUUCAAAUACAAGUUGUGGCAAGUUUAGAAAUGAGAAGACAGCUUGAGUACUGUACUGAAAAGAAUGCUAUCCUGCUUUGCACAGGUUUUACUCUGUGCCUAAUUAAGCGGACAUAUCUGUCCUUAUGAAGCAUUAAAGUGACCAUUUAUACAAUAGCAUUUAUUAACACUUAAAAAACUUUUCUGCAGAUAUGA